AUGAAGAAGCUCUUUGGAAACAGUAAGAAACCGGCGUCCAACAAGCAUUCCUCCUCCCCAAGCUUGGAAGACCUUCAAGCCUCCUACCGGUCCAGUCCAGAACUCCCUUCACCCACAAAGCCGACUGCGCGCUCUCCCAAAAAGUCAUCCCGAUCAGAGCAUUCGGCUUCGGCCCGCGAAGCAAAGCCGUCGUCGCGCAACCAUCGCCAUUCGAGGCAGGCCUCGGACUUGAGCGCCUCUUCGCGACGCACUAAACUCGACCCCGAUACCCAUCCUCUCAAUCUUCCUCCUGAGGAGCGUAAGCGCUUCUCUGCCCGUUCAUACACCGCCAUGAGUGCCAUGGAUAUUGACCGCGAGCCCUUGAAUGGCCCCUCGACUCCCCCACCGAACCCUUCCGCCCAGACAAACUUCUCUGUGCCCAUCCAGAAUGGAAACGGUUCAGAUGGACCUCCUGCUCCCCCCCCGCACAAGUCCAGCCCUUCCAGUCCCAGUCCCUCACCUCUAGAAGAGGCUGAGACUUGUAAGGCGCUCGGCAACAAAUUUUUCAAGGAGAAGAGCUAUGCCCAGGCCAUUGAGCAGUAUAGCAGAGCCGUUAUCCUCGUACCCGAUUCGGCAACCUUUCUCAGCAACCGUGCUGCCGCCUACAUGUCCAACGGGCAAUAUCUCGCCGCCCUGGACGACUGCUCCCGCGCUGCCGACUUGGAUCCGCAGAACCCUAAAGUCCUCCUCCGCCUUGCUCGAAUUUUCACCGGCCUUGGUCGUCCUGAAGAGGCCAUGAUCACAUUUGGUAGAAUUGAACCCGCCCCUUCGGCCAAGGAUACUGCUCCCGCCAAGGAGAUGCUGCACCACAUCAGCUCCGCCAAGGAGUCUAUGGAGCGUGGCCCCGCCAUGUCCAUGGUUCUACAUGCUCUGGAUCAGGCAGAGCGUGGACUCGGACCCAACGUCAGCAAGCCGCGCAAGUGGCAGCUCAUGCGCGGCGAGGCACACCUCAAGAUGGGCCGUGAAAACUCCCUCGGUGAGGCGCAGAAUAUCGUCAUGUCGCUGCUGCGACAGAACAACCAAGACCCAGAGGCACUGGUGCUCCGAGGCCGCGUUCUUUACUACCAGGGCGAGAACGAGAAGGCUAUACAAUCUUUCCGUGCCGCUGUUAGCUGUGAUCCCGACUUCAAAGACGCCAUUAAGUGGCUGCGCGUUGUUCAGAAGCUGGAUCGUAUGAAGGAAGAGGGCAAUGUCGAGUUCAAGGCUGGUCGUCUUGAGAACGCCAUCGCCAAGUAUUCCGAGGCCCUUGAGGUGGAUCCUUCGAAUCGCGGGAUCAAUGCCAAGUUGCUCCAAAACCGUGCGCAGUGCCGCAUCAAGCUGAAGCAGUACGAUGAAGCCAUCCAGGAUGCUGACCGCGCAUUCUCCCUCGAUAACACCUAUUUUAAAGCCCGGAAGACCAAGGCCAAUGCCCUAGGCUUGUCCGGCAAGUGGGAAGAUGCUGUCAAGGAGUGGAAGGCACUUCAGCAAGACGACCCCGAGGAUCGUACCAUUCCCAAGGAAGUUCGCAAAGCCGAACUUGAGCUCAAGAAGAGUCAGCGCAAGGACUACUACAAGAUUAUGGGCCUUGAGAAAGACGCCAACCCUGAUGAGAUCAAGAAAGCCUAUCGCAAGAUGGCUGUUAAGCUACACCCUGACAAGAACCCUGGCGAUGAGGAGGCCGAGGCCAAGUUCAAGGACAUGCAGGAAGCUUACGAGACUCUAAGCGACACUCAGAAGCGAGCAAGCUAUGACAAUGGCGAUGAUCUCCUUGAUCCCUCCGAUAUGUUUGGAGGGGGCAUGGGUGGUGGUGGCAUGGGUAUCGACCCUGAGAUUCUGUUCAGCAUGAUGGGCCAGCAGGGUGGCUUCCAUGGGGGCGGCUUCCCCGGCGGCGCUCGAGGCUUCCCCGGCGGUGCUGGCGGCUUCCCCGGCGGCGCUACCUUCAACUUCAGCAGUGGCGGUGGUCGUCCACAGGGCUUCCCCGGCGGUGCUGGCGGCGGCUUUCCCUUUUGA